CACACUACAGUUGGUAGUACUAGUGUUCUGUUGUUACUUAAAACAAACGGUGAUCACUCUUCAACUUUUCUCCAUGUUCAGUUGACAGCUGAAGUGGCAUGUCAGAACCCCACAAUCUAGGGGAUCUGAAGAUAAGAUAUUCAAUCCAAAUCUGAAGCUGCACAUCAACUGAGGCUUAAUCCACAUUCCUUUGUACCUAGCAGUGUUUAUUCUGAGCCCUGGUGUUGUGGUACUGGGUAAAAUCCUGUCUCCCAAACAAUGUCAGGGGCAAAUGCAUCCAAUUCAUCCUCACUUGACUGCGCUAACAGUGAUUCUUCAGAAACCGGUGAAGACCAAUCUUUGUACAAUAAUGGGGUGAAUGAAGAAGAUGAUGCUACUAAAGAAUCACAACCUACUGGUACUGCUCCUAAUCAAUCAGGAAGUAAUGGGCCAGGAGAUCAGGGGAUACAGCAUGCUUCAUCUGCAUCUACACAGACUCCACAGGCUUGUGCUUCAAAUCCUUAUCAGGAUCCGUAUUACGGGGGCAUGAUGGCAGCAUACGCACACCAGCAGUUGGGAUAUGGUCCUUUUAUAGCAAUGCCUCAUCCUAGAAUGGCCUUGCCCCUUGAGAUGGCUCAAGAGCCUGUUUAUGUGAAUGCCAAACAAUACCUAGGAAUUCUAAGACGAAGACAGGCUCGUGCUAAGGCAGAGCUUGAAAAGAAGUUGAUUAAAGUUAGAAAGCCAUAUCUUCAUGAAUCUCGGCAUCAGCAUGCUAUGAGAAGAGCAAGGGGUAGCGGAGGACGAUUUGCAAAGAAAACCGAAGCUGAUACAAGCGGUGGUCCAAUCCCACCAUCACAGUCAAUUAGUUCAUCUGGUUCUGAACCUUUACCUUCUGACUCUGCUGAGACUUGGAAUUCUCCAAGUGUGCAACAAGCAACCACAGGAGGAUCUAAAGUGCAUGAGAGAUUUCAAGAACACAGCUAUGCAAGUGGUGGUAGUGGCUCCUACCAUAAUCAUAAUGGUUCGCAACGACCUUCAAGUUUCUGUUCUGAGCACACUUCACAGAGGCGUCUUGCUAUUCAGUGAUGUGUACCUUGGUUAUCUCUAUACAUACUUUGGCAAUUUUCAUGCCCAGCGGCAAAUCAUUCUUGGCUCUGUGUUUGUGAUGUUGGGAGAAGAAUGAUUGGUUGUUGUGCCUUGCCUUGGGACUCAUGUUGAAGUCAAGCCAGCCUUCAUUCUUUUCUCAUUUUGUACAAAGAUAGUAGUUAGCUUAGUUAAGCUGAGAUGAACGUUUGAUCAGAAGACUUGGUGAAACAAACUCUUAUCUACUAACUAUAUUUUAUGUAGGUUCCCGUUUAUUGUUGUUAAAUAUGACAGACAUUUUAGGAUAGAUUCUCUGCAUGAUUAGUAUUGCUUCAUCUUUGGA